AUGGCUGCCAUUCUACCGGCGGCCAUCUUAGAGCAGUUUCCCUCCAUGUACGCAGCUGGGACAACCUACAUCUUCGGGAGAGGAGGAGCCCUCAUCACGUACACCUGGCCCCCCAACGACCGGCCGAGCACGCGGGCAGACCGGCUGGCGGUGGGCUUCAGCACGCAGCUCAAGGAGGCCGUGCUGCUCAGGGUGGAGAGUGCCAAGGGACUGGGAGACUACCUGGAGCUGCACAUAGAACAGGGAAGGAUCGGCGUCAUCUUCAACGUGGGAACGGACGACAUCGUCAUCGAGGAGAGCGCGGUGAUGGUGAGCGACGGCAAAUACCACGUGGUGCGCUUCACACGCAGCGGUGGCAACGCUACCCUGCAGGUGGACAGCCAGCCCGUCAUUGAACGCUUCCCCUCAGGGAACUUUGAUAAUGAGCGCCUGGCUAUUGCUAGACAAAGAAUCCCAUACCGGCUUGGUCGGGUAGUUGACGAGUGGCUACUCGACAAAGGUCGACAGUUGACCAUCUUCAACAGCCAGGCGUUCAUCAAGAUCGGCGGUGGUGGCGGCGACAAGGCCCGUCACUUCCAGGGCCAGAUCUCGGGCCUCUACUACAACGGGCUGCAGGUGCUCAAGCUGGCGGCCGAGGGCGACCCCAAUGUGCAGGCCCAGGGCAACCUGCGGCUGGUGGGCGACGUGCCCUCGGUGCUCACCACAGACACCACCAGCACCACGCCGCUGGCCGACAUGUCCACCACCAUCAUGGAGACAACCACCACGAUGGCUACCACUACCACCCGCAAGCAGCGCUCACCCACCAUGAGAGACAGUGUCACACAGAACACGGAUGACAUAUUGGUAGCGUCUGCUGAGUGUCCCAGUGAUGACGAGGACUUGGAGGAGUGUGAGCCUGGAAAUGGAGGUGAAUUAGUGUUGCCCAUUAUAACUGUGGACUCCCUAGACCCCCCCUACGCCACCCGCUACCCCGUAAUCCCCCCGCCCCCCACCUACCGCCCCUUCCUCGAAACCACCAAAGAAUCCCUCCCCCUGCCCAAUGGCCGCCCCCCCUGCCCACUGGAUCAGGAGGACUGCGAGGAGGCGGGACCCAUUGAGGUGUCCGCCUACGGCUCGGGCGAGAUGACCGAGUCGGACGAUGAGGACUAUUACAAAAACUCCCCCCUCGUCACUGAUAGGACGGUCCUCCCCCCUCCCCCCAACGAGGGCAGCGUCCAAAACCCCCGCGACCGUCACUUCUCCCACCGGCCCCCUAACUCCCACCGCCCCCCCUUGUCGUCCACCCCCACGGCCAACCCCGACCAGCUAGGCCCCAGGCUCAACAAGCCAGGCGGCAGUAGCAGCAACAUUCCUGCCGGCAAGAUGAACACCCGGGAUCAGGUGCUGCUGCCGCCCGCCCACCCCUCCUCCGACCCUGACCGCCACCGCCACGUCCCGGGCAUAACCUACCCUCCCAAUUUCCCCCAUGUGCCCACCCCAGACCCCACAUCCCCGGAGAGAGGAGGGCCUCCUGGCGCGGUAGAGGUGAUUAGGGAGUCCACCAGCACCACGGGCAUGGUGGUGGGCAUCGUGGCGGCCGCCGCCCUCUGCAUCCUCAUCCUGCUCUACGCCAUGUACAAGUACCGUAACCGGGACGAGGGCUCCUACCAGGUGGACCAGAGCCGUAACUACAUCAGUAACUCGGCCACGCAGAGCAACGGCACACUGGUGAAGGAGAAGCAGCCAGGCACAGCCAAGACAACCAUCAAGAACAAGAAGAACAAAGACAAGGAGUACUAUGUCUGAGACCGGCCUAGCCAGACACAGAGGACGAAAGGAGACGCACAGAGAGAGGGAGGGGUGGAGAGGAGGAGAGAGGGAAGAGUUGAAGGUAUAGGUUGGAGAGAGGCACUAGAUGAACUGACAACUGUAGAGUAAUGAGUCAAAUCUUUGUUGGCAGAGUUUUAUUUUGUUUAGUAUAGAGGUAACCUUACUGACAAAAUGACCUCCUAGCUUUCCUUCUCAACCCAUAUAGAGCCUAAAGCAGAGAGAUAAAAGAUGAGAUUAGAAAAGCAACAUAUUUCAUUAGAUCUACACAUACUCCUUUUUAACUACAGUUAUUACAAAAAACGUGUGGUAUUUUUCUCCAUUACAGUAAUAUUCUUUCUCACAUGGCCGUAUAACCUUCUUUUUUUUUAAACACAGAGAGACAAAGUCUUGGCUACAACAAAUGGCUGCCAAACCUCGCUCAAUGCAACAUAGUUUUGUGCCAAUCGCCAGACCCAGAGCUCAUGCUACAAUGGAGCCAGCUAAUCCAGCAGCGUUUUAAAGGGUAUUGUAUUGUAUAUAGCCUCCAAUCAGAGUUAAGCAUGGGGCUACAGAGAGAUGCAGAGAAGGAAAAACCACCAUCAGAAUUAGAGCAGAGGCCUGUUGUUUGGUAUCAGAUGCUAUGUAGCGGGUCUAAACAGUCAACAAGCUAACGGAUUCAAUCGUAAAUGGGUUGAUUCUAUCUAAAUAGAUGGGUUUGUAUUGGAAGUUGAAACUUCACUGCUAGCCAAGUAUGAUUACACAAAAUGACUGCCAAUAUACAGAAACUAGGUGUCAAAUCUGCCUUCUUCCCUCCUCCAAGUAUUGAAACAUCACCUCGCUCCUCUCGUAAAGUCUCUCUCGUUCUCUCCCCCUCCCCUUCUCUUUCACUCGUGCGCUCUCUUUCUCUCCAUGUCUGCGGUCCCGAGGAACUGAUGCGACAUUAUUCUGCUGUGUUUCAAGCAUGUAGUAUUAAUUUACAAAAAAGAGAUUACUAUUUCUGUGGAGAAAAAAAAAAUGAUGCCGCUGAUUGAUAACGUUUAACUAGCGCGUGAGAACAACAAAAACUCCAACCAACCAACGGAUGCUACUUAUUACGUUUUAGCUGCAAAACCAACUUCUGAGGCCAAAACCCUGGGUCGUCUUUCAGUUUUCCAACAGAUAGGCUAUCCGUCAUGUGUUUUCUUCUGGGCUCCACACAGCAUUUCCCCCUACUGAGCCCACUAAUGCGGAGGAAGCAGCUCACGUCGUUACUAUCAAACACAGACCAGAAACCAACCUCCAGCAGACAAACUGACUUUGUUCUAAAUAAAUAUAUAUAUGUAUAGAAGUUUCAGAGAAAAAAAACCAAUGGACCUAACUGAGAGCAUAAGAGGAGAAAUGUACCCGAAUGCGUGUGUAUCAGUGGACUGGGUGAUAAAUAACGAAUUUGAUGGACUAUUGCUACUUUGACAUGAGACCGAUUUCCCCCCCGUCCCCCCGUCCCCGUCCCCGCCCCACCAAUCAUACAUACUAUGACCAACAUUCAACGACAGUGGGAAACGCAGGUUUCUUUCCCUCAAAAAAUGCGAGACAUUUGAUGGAAAUUGUGAAUUCAUUUGCUGGAGUCCCACUGUCGCCCCCUAGUGUUGGGGGGAAAGCGUACGUUACCUUGGAUCUGCGUUCUUGCCUCUCAUUGGUCAAGACUGAUGACAGCCAAUGAGGGCAAGUCUAGUGAAAAACAUUCAAUGAGAAAAAGAAUGACAGAACAAGGCGAACAGCAGAUGGACAAGAACUCUAGUAGUCCAAUUUUCUCAACUAUUAAAAAAGAAAACUGUACCAUGAAAAGAAAAGAAAAACCUCCAAAAAAAGUUUGUGCAAUGUCUAAAUAUUUGAAUCUCUCAUCCCAUUACUAAGAAAAUAUGUGUUUUCCCUUCCUGUUUAGAGAAAAAAUUAUGACAAAGAUAAUUGAUUCUGGGAAAUUGGAAAUUGAUAUAUAAUUGGUAAUUGAGCAAAUGUGAUUUGGGUUACAAACAUAAAACCGUGUUUUCUCCUUGUCAGUACGGAGACAAGAUACUUUCCUCUCCAUCACUGCUGCCACCUCACUCCGUUUCUUUCCUAAAUCAAUCCCCCCAUCCUUCAUCCCCUUUACUCACAAUGGCAGAUUGUAUGUAACCAUUCAUUAACUGAAGACCGAACUGGGUCUUAUCCAUCUUCUAUUUUCUAUUGUUUUAUAUCUAUCUCUAUAACUGCUAGAGUCAAAACGGCUGCCAAGUCUGGAGACUGGCUCCAACCCAUCCUUCUUCCUCAUCCAGUUUGUCCGGUUUAUGUUCCUCUCCAUCCUCCUCCUCCCAGUAUCUUCCUGUUCUUUCUAAAUGUUAUUGUAAAGUGUUCCAGUGAGAUGACUCUAAAUAUGUGUACAUUAACAGAGGGGAAUACACUUGGUUAUAUAC